CAGAGCACCAUUACCCGGCUCUGCUCCCUCCGUUACUGCUCCACUUUGUACAGUUUAACAUCGAAGUUUUAUUUAUUUAUUCGUAUUUGUUAUUAUUCUAAUGAUGCUUUCUGUUUCUUCUGCAGAGCUGUCAGACUUUGACCUCAUUGAUGAAAUCAUCACAGAGGAUGGAGGGCAGUUGCGCCCCUCCCUCCCUGGACCUCCUCCUCCCCCGGCUGUCCUCCGCAGCCCGACACACAACCAGAACCACAACCAGAACCACCGGAUCCCCCGACAGAGUUCCUCGCCGCCGUCUCAGCCCGUUCUGGUGGCGAGAGGCACGGCAUGUCAGCCAACCUGCAGCUUCCCUCAGCCCGCUCAGCAGCCGUCCUCCAGGCCGAUGGCUCAUCCGUCCCGAGGUGCAGCCUCUUCCUCUCGCCGCGGUCGGAGCUCCUCUCAUCAUAACCGCGGAUGCGACACCGACAUGCUGGAGCGCGUUCUGAAUAAACCCAACCUGGUGGUGGUGGAGGAGCCCAUGGAGAGAGGCAUGAGGUUUCGCUAUGAAUGCGAGGGACGCUCUGCCGGCAGCAUCCUGGGGGCGUCCAGCACCGAAACCAACAAGAGCCAGCCGGCUAUAGAGAUUCAAGGUAACAUCGAACACUUAAAGAGAGUCACAGUCACUGUUUCUCUGGUGACCAAAGACCCGCCACACCGGCCCCACCCGCACUGCCUGGUGGGUAAAGACUGCCCCAACGGGUCAGGAAUCUGCGUGGUCACGCUCAAUCCUCACGUCAACCGCCGCCACAGCUUUACCAAUCUUGGAAUCCAGUGUGUGAGGAGGAAAGAGCUGGACGUUUCACUGCAGAAGAGAAGAAGCCAAAACAUCGACCCCUUUCAAACUGGUCACUCAAAGGGCAUUGAAGACAUGGACAUGAAUGCCGUGCGUCUGUGUUUUCAGUGUGAGUUUGAGUGGGACGACAGCAGGAAAGACUGUCUGAACCCGGUGGUGUCCAACCCCAUCUAUGACAAGAAGGCCACAACUACAUCACAGCUGAAGAUCGGCCGCUUUAACCAGUACAGAGGUCCCUGCACCGGCAAGACGGAGAUCUACAUGUUGUGUGACAAAGUGCAGAAAGACGACAUCGAGAUCAUCUUCAGACACGGGAAGUGGAAGGCGAGCGGCGAGUUUGCUCAGACGGACGUGCACCGUCAGAUCGCCAUCGUGUUCAAGACUCCGCCCUACCAGGACCAGGACAUCACGGAGGAGGUGGAGGUCAGCGUGGUGCUGCGGCGCCUCUCGGACCAGAUGGAGAGUGAAUCUAUCACCUUCACGUACUUCCCACACAACCCAGAUCCGUAUGAGGUGAAUCGGAAGAGAAAGAUCAAAUCAGACAUCAGUUUCAGAGAGAAGCCUUGCGUCACAGCAGAGAGUAAACCAGCACCGGAGCAGCAGCCCUUCCUCUUCCCGACGCCUCCGGCCAUGAUGCCUCCCGCCGAGCGGCUCUGCGCCCCCCAGCCCGCGCCUCCUGCUGUAGGGGAAGUUUUUUGCAGCGAACCCCAGGACUCAAACAAUACCGCCGAAGUGAACUCCCUCUUAAACCAGCUGCUAGAAAACCAACUACUAUGGGACAUGAUUCCUGACCACAACAUCAUCAUGGCUGCCGGCUUCGACCAGGCGCCGGACGCCACCUCCACAUUCGGCAACUUGGACAUGAACCUUAACCACAACUUUGGCGCGUUCACGCAGGACUUUUCCUAUAACAGCGACUUGCAGUUCAACAUGCUGUUCAAUGAGAGCCAGGCGCCGCAGCCAGAGGCUCCAGAGAGCAGCAUGGUGCAGGUGAAGACCGAAGAGGAGCUAUGAGGACGGGACGGGCAAAAACACUCUCCGUCCACUUUUAAAGAAUAAAUCAGACAUUUACCUUCUUGCAGAGAGUCAAAAGAGAAUAUUGAUAUCGAUCUUAUUCUCUGCAAGAAAGUGAAGAAGUGUAUUUCCUGAAAUGCUGAACUCCCUCCUUCAUCCCUCUGCAUUUAGAGCCAAACCAGAUAUAUUCCACUCUGCUGCUUGCUCUAUGAAAUGUGUUUCCCUCUCACCGUGUCUGAACACCUCGCUGGUCGAGGCUUCGGCAACCAGGAGCAUGUUAACAUUCCUACAUAUGUACAGGUUAUUACAGUUAUUCUAAAGGCGCUUUGGUACGUUUCUCAAAUAUUCCUAAACAAUUCUAAAACAGUAAUUGCAUAUCUCAAAGCAUUCAAUGUAUCAACCUCCAAAAGCCUCUAACUUGCUCAAAAUCUGUAAUUCAUCUCUGAAAAGCAAAUAUUAGUCAGUUAACAUGUGGGUGCCAUCAGCGGCUUGUUUUAUAAUUCAUUUUUUUUGUUGUUUUUGUUCCGUAGCGCUCAGAAUGACAAGUCCUUCUGUCGCUGUUUACAAACAAAAUAGUCAAAAUGCUUAGCAGUGCACUAUGAAAGUAUUUUCUGAAUUAUUGAAAAUGCACUUUUUCUGGAUGGCACAUAUCAAAUCUCAACAGUACAAAGUUUCACAUUACUGUGUGUUGGAGAUUGAUUGGUCCAUAUUGACAUUUAGACCUUUACUGUUUGCACAGUAACUUGUUGAAGGAACACGUCAUUGUUCUACAGAACAGACGGUUUUACAACACUGCAUAGAACAAAGAAAAAAAAGACUGAAGACUGAAGAAAUGUAUAUAAAAUAUGCUUGACAGCAGUGGUGGAAAAACUUGAGUAAAAGUACUAAUACCACACUGUGAAAUUACUUCACUAAAAGUAAAAGUCCUGCAUUCAAAACCAGCAAAAUAUCAGCAUCAAAAUGUACUUAAAGUAUCAAAAGUAAAAGUAGUCAUUAUGCAGAAUGCCGCCCAAAGACUGGGCUUUUUAGCUACUUAAUGAACUGUUAUGAGAUUUAUUUAAAAAAUGUCUAAGCACUUUAAAUUGAUCAUGUUUUUCAUGUUAAAUGUAGUGGAGAAAAAAGUACAAUAUUCCCUCUAAAAUGCAGUGGAGUAGAAGUAUAAAGUUACAUUAAAUGGAAAUACUCAAGUAAAGGAUCUCAAAAUUGUACAUAAGUAAAAUGUUAAUGUACUUGGUUACAUUUCACCACUGCAAACUAAUGUUGAGAUGAUUUUACAUAACAUCAGACGACACCAAAUGCUUAAAAAAAGUCUUUAUUAGUUUCUGAUUCAUAGAAAAUGGGAACACAGUAAAAAUUUCCCCAAACUAUUGUAUCUUUCUCUCUUUAUCUUAUCCUAUCUUUAACCAAAAUCACACAUCCUCAGGCUAUUCCAUGUCGUCUUAUCAUUCACUCAGCUUCCUCUUUAACCUGUUUCAGAGGCUAAAAAGCAAUUAACAAUGAAGUAAACUGCAAAAAACUGUAAAUAAUUAUUUGCAUGACUCAAUAUCGACUCAAAAGUGAUGAGGUAAGCACUAGUCGUUUUGAGAAAUUCAAUUCUGAUGUGAGAAAUGCACCAAAGCAACUGAGAAAAACAUCUAUAUUAAACUUGGGAACAAUGGCAGCAGUCACAUGAGUUGCCGUGUGUUGUGGUUAAUGAUCGGUGAGGUCAGACUGAAAACCUGUAAUGUUAGUUUAAGGUCUGGUUUGUUUUUUACAAACUCAACCUGACUACUUCCUACAUGAAGUUGACCAGGAUUUUAAAACACAAAAAGUUCAUUAAUUCCAUUUCUGCUUGUUCUGCUGUUACUCUCUCUGUUGAUGCACCAGUUGGCUUGUUUAAUAUUUAAUCCAGUAAAAAGCAAUAGAAACCAGCUGCCCUGUUAUUUAUAGCUCUCUCUCUCUGUGUGUCAGUUCCUAUUGUUGUACAGUUUCACUCUCGUGCUUUAACAAUCAAAUUUUCACUCUCAGCUUGUCACAGCUCCGCCCCCUCACUGUAGCGUCGUAGUGUCACGAUUUCAGAAGAAGAAGAAGCAAUAAAAUGUCAGCGUUAUUUUUGUCCUGUUGUUACUUCCUCUGAGCACAAUGCUGCCUUUGUGAGGGUUUGUCAAAAGAAAGAUUGCAGAUGAUAAAUGGAUGAAAGCUUUUUUGACCUUCAGCCACCUGCCUACACACAUUCCUCACCUGCAUUACUCACUUAUAAAAGCAAUAAAUGCUGCCAACAAUAACAAAGUGAUGGUUUUAUGGUUCUCAUGUCUUUAAGUGUCACACAAGACAAGGAAUGACUUGUUUGCCCAAAAAUGGCCUUUUGUUUUCAAAGACUUGGCCGUCA